UCCUUCCUACCCACUUGUACCUACCUUUGCAGUUUCCUUUUUCUCGUGAACCCGUGGACCGGUGAUCAUCGAGCUCUUUUUCCCCGAUCGCCCAAACGAGACCAUAACACGAUUUCUCACGUCUUACGAAAAUGUCCGAGCCACCUUACGACCCCUACAUCCCUUCUGGCUCGAAUGGCGCUGCCGGUGCCGGUGCCGCGGGCACCACGCAGCAUGGUGGUGACCCGAAGACGCAGCAGGUCUCUAGGGAAAUCGAUGAUACGAUCCGUGCGAUGCGUUCGAACAUUGUCGGUGUUUCGGAACGUGGCGAGCGUCUAGACUCUCUUCAGGACAAGACGGACAAUUUGGCGGUAUCAGCGCAGGGUUUCCGCAGAGGUGCCAACCGCGUGCGCAAACAGAUGUGGUGGAAGGACAUGAAGAUGCGUGUAUGCUUGGUCAUCUGCGUCAUCGUUCUGCUCGUCGUGAUUAUCGUCCCUUCUGUUGUCGCAACUCGUCAUUAAGUGCCGUGUUUUGCCUUUUAACGGAGUGGAUGUCCUCUACGAUAAGCUCUCGGUGAUCCGAAGCCGUGGAGCCUUUUUCCUUUGUUCUUCACUUUUCUUUUGUCAGCCUCCAAUACCUCGUCCUGCUCGUCUUUUAUCUACUACCCA